AUUUGUUCACGUUCAUCGUUCUGUUCUUUGAUUAUUGAAUCAGAAUAACUUCGCGAGUUUAUUGUAAUACUUUGGUUAGCGUUUCUCAUUUUGUGUUUUAGAGUACAAAGUGCUAAAUAAGGACGUUCGAGUCUCUAAUAUUUACAAGAUACAUUAUUGAACUAUACUGCAGUCAAUUUAUAAAAGCAAAAUAAAUAUGAGUGAAUCUUCUGAUAAUUCGACCGUUGAGCUUUAUGUAUAUGAUUUGACAAAGGGAAUUGCAGCAAUUAUGUCUCCCAUAAUACUUGGUCGCAAAAUUGAUGGAGUGUGGCAUACAGCCAUUGUGGUUUACGGCAGAGAAUACUUCUUUGGCUUCAGCGGCAUCCAGACGUGUACACCGGGAGGAACUGUUCUUGGUCCGCCUUUGAGAGUUGAAAGAAUAGGCUCAACAGAAGUACCAUAUUCUGUUUUUUUGGAUUACGUUCUACAACUAGGAGACACCACUUUCAAAGGCAGCAAUUACGAUCUUUUCAAGCACAACUGUAACAUAUUUUCCGAUAAUUUGGCACAAUUUCUCUGCGGAGCAAAGGUUCCCAAAUAUAUAUUAGAUCUUCCCGACCAGGUUCUUUCUACAGCAGUUGGUUCUAGCUUGAAACCAAUUUUAGAGGCUUUGGCAAGAGGGCCUAAUAUUGAGGCUUUAGAAAAUAAUAGAUUACCAUUUCAAGAGAGGGAGCCAAGUCCUGACUUCAUCGAAUUGAAUUCACAAAUUGACCAAGCAAGGUUGAAUUCUGUUGCUAUAGAAAAAAGAAGGAGCAUCAUCAAACAGAAAUUAGCUGAAAACGAACGCAAAAAGGAGAAAAGGAAACAGAAAUACCAAAAUUUGUAUCGGAACGAAGAAAAUCAAGAAAACGGUAUGUCUGAAAUAGAAGUAAAUGGCUCUUCACCUACAAAUGGUGGCGACAUCAGAUCUGGAGAUGGACAGCAGUUACCUUCUGAACGUGUUCUAGAAGAAGAAGCUAACGAAAGAAGACAAGAGGAGGAAAGAAAAAGGUUGAGAGAUCCACCAAUUGUAUUUAGAGAUAUCGAUGUACCUCGGGAGUUUGACAACUUAGUAGGAGCGAUGGCCGAUCAUCUUUCGAGCGAAGAACAACAAUCUAUGGAAGAGUUGCACCAAUAUAUGAUUGAAAACGAAGGCUCUUGGGCUUUGAGUGAUGGAUUCUUAAAUUUUGUUGGCCGUAUUUUAAACGACACCAAUGUGGCACCCGCCGUCCGCGUGAACUUGCUGCGACUUUUGGCAGCGGCAGCACUAAAAGAUGAUGUUAUUUUGCUUUUGCAUCAAGACAGAAAGGAUCACGUUAUGAUGAAUUAUGCACAAGAGGUCGACAGGCACACUCCGGAGGAACAAAAGUCUCUAGCACUCUUUCUAUGCAAUAUGUUCGAGAAUUUAAGCUCUUCAGAAUGGCUACUUUACAUCUCCGAAUGGGAUUAUAAAGGACAACCUAUUUCAAACAUUAGGGGAACAACUAAAGUGGCUGUACAUUGUUUAUUGGCAGCUGAACCAGAACUACAAGAUAUUGGUACGGCAAUAGUGCAUAAUAUGGCCUGCAAGGAGAAAAUGCAUCAAGGAAAAAGGCUUCGAAAGAAAUUACCACCUGGAAGUAAAUCCAAGGUAUUUGACGACGUUGCUGUUGAACUCACUAUGGCCAUUCUACAGUUUUUCAAUUCUAAGCCAAUAGAGGAAUACCUAUUUAGGUGCAUGAAAGCCCUUGCUAAAUUUUGCCAAAUCAGCGGCCAAGAUGUUCCACAAUUGAUACAGAUGAUUGGUCCAUCACCUGCUUCAUUCAAAGGGCAAAGUGAAAGGGUGGACGAACUUAUUUUAAACAUUUCAAAAAAAAUACGCUAGAUAUUACAAUCACUCUACGUUACUCUAUGACGGAGAAAUUUAUUUAGUUAUGCAAUAAUAUAUUAUAAAUAAUACAUACAAUUUUAACGAGUUAACAUGACAUUUACUGAUUUAUUUAAAAGGGUGUCAUUAAAAAUCGGAAUAAUUUUAUACAAAAAAUACGACAUAUUAAUA